AUGAAAAUACAUAUUGGAGUAAAACGUUUUUCGUGUAAUAUCUGUGAAUAUAAAUGUGUAAGUAAGGGUAAUUUGCAAAAACAUAUGAAAAUACAUACCGGAGAAAAGCCUUUUGCGUGUAAUAUCUGUAAAUAUAAAUGUAUUCAAAAAAGUAAUUUGCAAAAACAUAUGAAAAUACAUACCGGAGAAAAGUCUUUUGUGUGUAAUGUCUGUGAAAUUAAAUAUAUUCGGAAAUGUAAUUUGCAAACACAUAUGAAAUUACAUAGUGGAGACAAACCUUUUGCUUGUAAUAUCUGUGAAUAUAAAUAUAUUCGAAAAUGUAAUUUGCAAACACAUAUGAAAUUACAUACCGGAGAUAAACCUAUCGUGUAA